AAAGUUAAUUCUUUUCCUACUUUCUGAUGGAUGUAAUUUUGUUUUAAUUGCAGUAUGUGCUAGAGGAGCUCAAUGUAAGAUUGCUUGUCCCAUGCAAUGAUACAUUGGAAUAUGCUUCUUUACGUGCAGAACCUGAUUUUAGUGUGUUGGGUAAGCGACUUGGUAAAUCAAUGGGCGUUGUUGCGAAGGAAGUCAAAGCAAUGACUCAGGGAGAUAUCUUAGCUUUUGAGAAAGCGGGAGAAGUAACUGUUGCUACACACUGUUUGAAGCUGACUGAUAUUAAGGUUGUGCGGGAAUUCAAACGUCCUGAUGGUAUGACUGAAAAGGAUAUUGAUGCAGCUGGAGAUGGUGAUGUUUUGGUGAUUUUGGAUUUGCGUCCAGAUGAGUCGCUGUUUGAAACUGGUGUUGCUCGCGAGGUUGUUACUAGGAUUCAGAAAUUACGGAAAAAGGCUGCCCUUGAACCUACAGAUCUGGUGGACGUUUACUUUGAAUCCUUGGAUGAAGACAAGUCAUUCUCGCAGCAAGUUUUGAAUUCUCAGGAACACUAUAUCAAGGAUGCAAUUGGUUCUCCAUUGCUUCCUGUCACUAUGUUGCCACCACAUGCGUGUUAG